AUGCGGAGUGAACCCUUCGGAUUGGGCGGCUAUCAAGGAGACGUGGCAGCAGGCGGAAGCGGAAGGGUCGGGGGGGAAUCUGAACGCGCGGGGAAGGCGCGCGAGGGGGAGAGGCGCAGCCGGGGGAGGGAUAAUGGGCGGAGGGGCGGUGGGGGGAUGGAUCCGCGGGUUGCUGGGGAUGGGGGAGGCCCGCACCCAUGUGUCCCACCAGCCGCCAUAGCCCUCUCUGCCGUGCACCGAUUCAACAUGCACCUCGCCUCUGAUAUUCAUUAUGACUUUGACGUCUUUCUCCCAUCCCCAAGAUUCGCACUGCAUGGGGGCGCUGCUGGUAUGGAGAAGGGAAGGAGUGAGGGUAGUGUGGGAGAGAAGGGGGUGGGAGCGGAGGAGGAGGAGGAGGAAGAGGAGGAAGAGGAGGAGGAGGAGGAGGAGGAGGAGGAGGAGGAGGAGGAGGAGGAGGAGGAGGAGGAGGAGGAGGAGGAGGAGGAGGAGGAGGAGGAGGAGGGGGGGGGGGAAGGGGAAGGGCGGGUGCCUAUGCUGGUGGUGUCUGCUGGAGGGAAGGAGGUGGCAGUGCGAGUGGCAGAGGCAAACGAUCUGAGUGAGGAGGAGAGAGAGGAGGCAGUUCUCUACCACAGCUACCGAGGCAUGCUCACUAAGAACACUCAAAUACACUUAGUACCCGAUACAGGCAUACGGCUUGUGAACUGGGCUCCCAAGCAGGCUGCCAGGAGUGCAGGCCCGAGUAGGGUUGUCAAUCUCCUAUCAUCAGACGAUGAGCUAUUCCCAGUCAAGAAGGCACUUCUGCGACCGUGCCUCACACUUACUAAAGCAGUGCAGGACACGAGCCCAGAGCCCGCAACCGUUCAAGUACCCAUCGACUGCUUACUGCUGGACCGAGUGCUGCUGUUCUUAGAGGCGGAUUUCAAGGGGCAGGGGGGAGACUUCCAGUUUGACAUCAACCUCAUUCAAGACCUGAGGGAGGCAGCGAGUGCCUUGGGGCUGAAAAGUCUCCAAGAUCUCUGCGACCAGCGGCAGGGGCUCUUUGAAUCGCGCAUCCGUGAGUACACCUUUGCUGAGGUGGCGGAACGCAAUGUGGGUGGCAACUGUUGGCUGCUUCUGGAUGGCAUGGUGCUGGAUGUAACCAGAUGGUUACCGGAACACCCGGGAGGCGAUACAAUCAUUCCAACUCAGGGGCUCAAUCGGGACUGCACUGUUUUCUUUGAGCUGUACCAUUCAUCACGAGAGUCGUUUCUUUACCUAAGGGUGAGUCAGUAA